CCGGGCGGCGCCAAUGGCGGCCACGUGACGCGGUUGUGGGGGCCGUCGCCGAGCCCCGCCGAGCCGCGCCGCUUCUCCUCUGCUCCUCCGGGUAUCGCGCCUCUCGAGCUCCACCUACGACCUCCUUCCGUGCGCGGCCCCGAGCAGCCGCCGCCCGCAGUCCCCCGUCCGCUUCCAGCCUCGCGCUCGCCGCGCAGCCGGGUCGGAGCGAUGGGGGCCGCCGCCGGCUGGGGCGCCCACCUGGGGCCCGCGCCCGACGGCCGCCCUCCGCGCUCGCUGCUGUUGCUGCUUCCCCUGCUGCUUGCCGCGGCCCCGGGGACCGCGCAAGCACAGGCCGCGGAGUUCCACGAGCUGUGCAGUUACACGUGGGAAGCUGUUGAUACCAAAAGUAACAAACUUUAUAAAAUCAGUGUGUGUGGAAAUGUGGAUGAGUCUCAUUGUGGGACAUCCAGUGCAGUCUGUAUGCAUGACCUGAAGACAAACAGCUUUCAGUCUGUGGGUGACUCGCUUUUGAAAAAUGCAGCCAGAUCACUUCUGGAAUUCAACACAACCACGAACUGUGGGCAGCAGCCUGCAGAACACAAAGUCCAGAGCAGCAUCACGUUCCUGUGCGGGAAAACCCUGGGAACUCCUGAAUUUGUAACUUCCACAGAGUGUGUACAUUACUUUGAGUGGCGAACGACUGCAGCCUGCAAGAAGGACACAUUCAAAGCAAAUAAAGAGGUGCCAUGCUAUGUGUUUGAUGCAGAGUUAAAGAAGCAUGAUUUAAAUCCACUGAUCAAAGUAAGUGGUGGCUACCUGGUAGAUGACUCCGACCCGGACACUUCUCUUUUCAUCAAUGUCUGUAGAGACAUAGACUCCCUGCGGGACUUAAGUCCACAGCUGCGUGCCUGUCCAGUGGGAACUGCUGCCUGCUUGCUUCGAGGGAACCAGGCGUUUGAUGUCGGCCAGCCCAAGGAGGGGCUAAAGCUAGCAAGCAAGGACAGACUCGUCCUGACUUACGUGAAGGAAGGGGUGGGAAAGCCAGACUUCUGUGAUGGUCAUAGCCCUGCAGUGACAAUUACAUUUGUGUGCCCCUCUGAGCGGAGAGAGGGCACUCUCCCCAAGCUCACUGCCAAGUCCAAUUGCCGUUAUGAAGUUGAAUGGAUCACAGAGUAUGCCUGCCACAGGGACUACCUGGAGAGCAGCACCUGUACCCUGAGCAGCGGGCAGCACGACAUUGCCAUUGACCUCAGACCUCUCAACAUGCUGGGAGGGUCCUAUACUUCUGAUGGAAAAGAAUAUAUAUUUUAUUUAAAUGUCUGUGGAGAGGCUAAGUCCGUUGCCUGUAAUAAUAAGAAAGAGGCUGCAGUUUGUCAAGUAAAGAAGAGCGACAAUACUCAAGUCAAGAUAGCAGGAAGGCCACAGAACCAGACUCUCCGGUACUCUGAUGGAGACCUCACCCUGAUAUAUUUUGGAGGCGAGGAAUGCAGCUCGGGCUUUCAGCGGAUGAGUGUCAUCAACUUCGAGUGUAACGAAACUGCAAGGAAUGGUGGGAAAGGAGAACCUGUGUUCACCGGGGAGGUAGACUGCACUUACUUCUUCACGUGGGACACAAAGUACGCCUGCGUCAAGGAGAAGGAAGACUUGCUCUGCGGUGUCAGCGAUGGAAGGAAGCGUUACGACCUCUCUGCACUGGCUCGCCACUCAGAAUCAGAACAGAAUUGGGAAGCAGUGGAUGGCAGCCAGACAGAAGCGGAAAAGAAGCAUUUCUUCAUCAAUGUCUGUCAUAGGGUACUGCGGGAGGGCAAGGCUAUAAACUGUUCCGAAGAUGCUGCCGUGUGCGCUGUAGAUAAGACGGGAAGUAAAAGUCUGGGCAAAUUUACCUCUUCUCCCACAAAAGAGGAAGGAAACAUUCAACUCUCCUACUCAGAUGGUGAUGAUUGUGGUGGUAACAAGAAAAUAAAAACUAUUAUCACACUCAUAUGCAAGCCAGGUGAUCUUGCAAGUGCCCCAGUGUUGAGGACUUCUGGGGACAAUGGCUGCUUCUACGAGUUUGAGUGGCACACAGCUGCUGCCUGUGUGUUGUCCAAGACUGAAGGAGACAACUGCACAGUCUUUGAUUCCCAGGCAGGGUUUUCUUUUGAUUUGUCACCUCUCACAAAGAAAAAUGGUGCCUAUAAAGUUGAGACAGAGAAGUAUGAGUUCUAUAUAAAUGUUUGUGGCUCAGUGUCUAUGCAAACCUGUCCUUCAGACUCUGGGGCCUGCCAGAUUUCAAAAAGUGACAGGAAGUUUUGGAACUUGGGACUGAGUAAUGGUAAACUUUCAUACUAUGAUGGGAUGAUACAGCUGAGCUACAAAGAUGGUACACCUUAUAAUAAUGAAAAGCACACACCAAGGUCCACGCUGAUCACUUUCCUCUGUGAUCGAGAUGCUGGAGUAGGUCUCCCUGAAUACCAGGAAGAGGAUAACUCUACCUACAACUUUCGGUGGUAUACUAGUUAUGCUUGCCCAGAGGAGCCCCUGGAGUGCGUGGUGACUGACCCGUCAACACUGGAGCAGUAUGACCUCUCCAGUCUAGCAAAGUUUGAAGGCAGUCCUGGAAGAAACUGGUAUGCCAUGGACAACCUAGGGGAACAUAUCACAUGGAAAAAAUACUACAUAAAUGUGUGCCGGCCCCUGAAUCCUGUUCCUGGCUGUGAUCGUUAUGCAUCAGCUUGCCAGAUGAAAUAUGAAAACAGUCAGGGUACCUUCACCGAGACAGUCGCCAUCAGCAGCCUGGGAGUGGCCAAGACUGGCCCAGUAGUGGAGGAGAGCGGCAGUCUCCUGCUGGAGUACGUGAACGGCUCGGCCUGUACCACCAGUGACGGCCGGGUUACCACCUAUAGCACGAGGCUCCACCUUGUGUGCUCCCCGGGGAGCCUGAACACCCAUCCUGUAUUUUCUCUUAAUUGGGACUGUGUGGUCAGUUUCCUGUGGAACACAGAAGCUGCCUGCCCCAUCCAGACGGUGACAGACACAGACCAGGCUUGUUCUGUAAGGGACCCCAACAGCGGAUUUAUGUUUAAUCUUAACCCACUCAGCAAUCCACAAGGAUAUUUGGUCUCAGGCAUUGGGAAGACAUUUUUGUUAAAUAUCUGUGGCACCAUGUCCGCCUGCGGGACUGUCGCUGGAAAGCUUGCUUCAGGCUGUGAGGCAACUGAGACACAGGAACUAAAGAAUGUGCGGGCAGAAAAGCCAGUUGGAUUUAAGAAAAGACUCCAGCUGUCCACAGAGGGCUUCUUGACGCUGACCUACACCGGGUUUCCUCCUGCAGACAAAGGUACUGCUUUUAUCAUUCGCUUUAUUUGCAACGAUGAUAUUUACCCAGGAGCUAUCAAAUUCCUGCAUCAGGAUAUCGACUCUGCACAAGGGAUCCGAAACACUUUCUUUGAGUUUGAAACUGCUUUGGCCUGCAUCCCUUCUCCAGUGGAUUGCCAAGUGACAGACUCAGCUGGAAAUGAGUACGAUCUCAGUGCCUUAAGCGCGGUCAAGAAGCCAUGGACUGCUGUGGACACCACUGCUGACAGGAAGAAGAGAACUUUCUACUUGAGCGUCUGCAGUCCUCUCCCUUUUGUUACUGGGUGUCAUGGCAGUGCAGUGGGCUCUUGCGUGGUGUCUGAAGAGAGCAGCUGGAAUCUAGGUGUGGUGCAAAUCAGCCCUCAGGCUGCAGCCAACGGGUCCCUGAGCAUUGUGUAUGUCAAUGGCGACAAGUGUGGGAAUCAGCGCUACUCCACCAGGAUCAUGUUUGAGUGUGCGCAGACAUCGGGAUCCCCAAUGUUUCAGCUUCAGAACAACUGUGAGUACGUGUUUUUGUGGAGAACUGUGGAAGCCUGUCCUGUGGUCAGAGCAGAAGGAGAUAAUUGCCAGGUGAAAGACCCUAGGCAUGGCACCUUGUAUGACCUGAGGCCUCUGGGCCUGAGUGACACCAUUGUGAGUUUUGCUGAGUACACCUAUUACUUCCGGGUCUGUGGGCAACUGUCCUCCAAUGUCUGCGGCAUCCAAGACAGGUCCAAGAUUGUCUCCGCAUGUCAAGAAAAAAAGGGAGAACAGAAAUUUGAGAAGGUGGCAGGCCUUCUUACUCAGAAGCUGACUUAUGAAAAUGGAUUGUUGAAAAUGAACUAUACCGGUGGGGACACCUGCCAUCGAGUGUACCAGCGGUCCACAACCAUCUUUUUCUACUGCGACCGGAGCACGCAGAAACCAGUGUUCCUGAGAGAAACUUCAGACUGUUCAUACCUGUUUGAGUGGCGAACACAGUAUGCCUGCCCACCAUUCAACGUAACCGAGUGUUCCUUUAACGACGGGGCUGGCAACUCCUUCGACCUCUCCUCUCUGUCACGCUACAGUGACAAUUGGGAAGCUGUGACCAGGACAGGAGCCACCGAGCACUUCCUCAUCAAUGUGUGCAAGUCUCUAGCUCCACAGACAGGCAGUGAGACAUGCCAUCCAGAGUCAGCUGUGUGUCUGCUGGAUGGCUCCAAAUCUGUGAACCUGGGCAGGGUGAGGGAUGGUCCUCAACGGAUUGACGGAGUGACGGUCCUGACAUAUGUGGAUGGAGACUUGUGUCCUGACAAGAUUCGGAGAAAGUCCACCACCAUCCGGUUCAGCUGCAGUGAGAGCCAAGUAAACUCCAGGCCACUCUUCAUCAGUGCAGUGGAGGACUGCGAAUACACCUUUUCCUGGCCCACGGCUGCUGCCUGUCCUGUGCAGAAAACUGUGCAUGAUGACUGCCAGGUCACCAACCCCAGCACAGGACACCUGUUUGACCUGAGUUCCCUAAGUAGCAGAGCUGGCUUCACAGCAGCUUACAGUGAGAAUGGGCUCGUCUACAUGAGUAUCUGUGGGGAGAACGAAAACUGUGCUCCGGGUAUGGGGGCCUGCUUUGGACAGACCCGAAUCAGCGUGGGCAAGGCCAGCAAGAAGCUCAGCUACGAGGAUCAGGUCCUGCAGUUGGUGUAUGAAGAUGGAUCGUCGUGUCCCUCCAAAUCUGGCCUGAGAUACAAGAGUGUCAUCAGCUUUGUGUGCAGGCCUGAAGCCGGACCCACCAGCAGGCCCGUGCUCAUCUCCCUGGAUAAGCAGACAUGCACACUCUUCUUCUCUUGGCACACACCCCUAGCCUGCGAGCAGGCGACGGAAUGUACUGUGAGGAAUGGAAGCUCUAUUAUUGACUUGUCUCCUCUCAUCCACCGCACCGGCGGUUAUGAAGCCUAUGAUGAAAGUGAGGAGGACACUUCUGACACCAACCCUGAUUUCUACAUCAAUAUUUGCCAACCUCUCAACCCUAUGCAUGGAGUCCCCUGUCCUGCCGGAGCUGCAGUGUGCAAAAUCCCAGUCACUGGUCCUCCUCUAGAUAUUGGCCGGGUCACAGGCCCUCCAAGGCUCAGUGCAGGAGGAACUGAAGUUUACCUGACUCUUGAAAGCAGAACACCUUGCUUAGCAGACAAGCAGUUCAACUAUACCUCGCUUAUCACGUUCCACUGCAAAAGAGGUGUCAGCAUGGGAACCCCGAAGCUGAUCAGGACCACUGGGUGCGACUUUGUGUUUGAGUGGCAGACUCCAGUUGUCUGUCCUGAUGAGGUGAAGAUGGAGGGCUGUGCUCUGACAGAUGAGCAGCUACUCUACAGCUUCAACCUGACCAGCCUUUCCAAGGGCCCUUUUAAGGUAACUCGAGACUCACACACAUACAGUGUGGGGGUGUGCACCGCUGCAGCUGGCCUGGACCAAGGGGGCUGCAAGGAUGGUGGCGUCUGUCUGCUCUCGGGGAGCAAAGGAGUGUCCUUUGGACGGCUGGCGUCGAUGCAGCUGGAUUAUAGGCACGAGGAUGAAGCGGUCAUUUUGAGCUAUGUUAAUGGUGAUAUUUGCCCUCCAGAAACAGAAGUAGGUGACCCCUGUGUCUUCCCCUUCAUAUUCAAUGGGAGGAGCUACGAUGAUUGUGUCCUGGAGGGAAGGACGAAGCUCUGGUGUAGCAAGACUGCAAACUACGACAGAGACCAUGAGUGGGGAUUCUGCAGGCAGAGUAACAGCCACCGGACAUCUACCAUCACAUUUAAGUGCGAUGAAGAUGUGACUAUCGGAAGACCAGAGGUCUUUAGUGAAGUUCGUGGGUGCGAAGUGGCGUUUGAGUGGAGAACAAAAGUCGUUUGCCCCCCAGAGAAGAUGGAGUGCAAAUUCAUCCAGAACCAUAAAACCUAUGACCUGCGGCUACUGUCGUCUCUCACUGGGUCUUGGGUUUUCAUGCACGAAGGAGCCUCGUACUUCAUAAAUCUGUGUCAGAGAGUAUACAAAGGGCCCCUUGACUGCUCCGAAAGAGCCAGCAUUUGCAAAAAGAGCGCAUCUGGCCAAGUGCAGGUCUUGGGACUGGUUCACACGCAAAAGCUGGAUGUCUUAGAUGACAAAGUUAUCGUGACUUACUCAAAAGGGUAUCCCUGUGGUGAGAAUAAGACUGCGUCCUCUGUUAUAGAGCUGACCUGUGCAAAGACUGUGGGCAAGCCUGCAUUCAAGAGGUUUGACAUCGACAGCUGCACCUACUACUUCCACUGGGACUCUCGGGCUGCGUGUGCCGUGAGGCCUCAAGAGGUACAAAUGGUGAAUGGAACCCUUACCAACCCCAUGAACGGCAAGAGCUUCAGCCUUGGGGAUAUUUAUUUUAAGCUCUUCAGUGCUUCUGGGGAUAUGAGAACCAAUGGGGACAGCUACAUGUAUGAAAUCCAGCUGUCCUCUAUCACCAGUUCUUCCAUCCCUGCCUGCUUCGGAGCCAACAUUUGCCAGAGGAAGCUGAAUGAUGAGCACUUCAUCAGGAAAGUGGGCACCUCGGAGAGGACCAAGUACUAUGUCCAGGAUGGCGAUCUGGAUGUCGUGUUUGCCUCUUCCUCCAAGUGUGGGAAAGAUAAGACAAAGUCCGUCUCUUCCACCAUCUUCUUCCACUGUGACCCUCUGGUGAAGGAAGGGAUACCGGAGUUCAGUCAUGAGACCGCUGACUGCCAGUACCUUUUCUCCUGGUACACCUCGGCCGUGUGCCCCUUGGGGAUGGGCUUUGAAGAGAGCAUACAGAGCCACAAGGGGCUCUCAGAGCGGAGCCAGGCUGUUGGGGCAAUCCUCAGCCUGCUCCUCGUGGCGCUCACUGGCUGCCUGCUGGCCCUGCUUCUUUACAAGAAGGAACGGAGGGAAGUUGUGAUAAACAAGCUGACCAAUUGCUGUCGACGAAGCUCCAACGUGUCCUACAAAUACUCAAAGGUGAAUAAGGAGGAAGAAGCAGAUGAAAAUGAAACAGAGUGGCUGAUGGAAGAGAUCCAGAUGCCACCUCCCCGACUGGUGAAGGAAGGACAGGAAAACGGCCACAUUACCACCAAGUCUGUGAAAGCAGAGGCCCUCACAUCCUUGCAUGGGGAUGACCAGGACAGUGAGGAUGAGGUCCUGACUAUCCCAGAGGUAAAAGUUCAUUCGAGCAGAGGGGCCAGAGUGGACAACUCACACCCCGUGAGAAAUCCACAGCAGCAAACCCACUGGGAGCGGGAGGACGAUAAGGCGGGGCUGGUCCCAGGAGAGAAGACCCGGAAAGGGAAGCCCAGGCCUGGACAGCAGAAGACAGUGACCUCCACCAAGCUGGUGUCCUUCCAUGAUGACAGUGACGAGGACCUCUUACACAUCUAAUGCCAUGGUGCCUACAGGAGAAUGUGGAGCCAUGGUACAGCCAAGCACCUCCAACCAAAUAAGACUUCAACUUGAUGAUGCUUCUGUAAUUUUGCCUUUAACAAAAACUGCUUCAAAAGGGAAAAGUUUUUGUGGUGGGGGAGAGGGUGAAGGAGGUUAGGUGCUGCUCCUUUGUGACUGUUUACAGUUUUUGUAAGAAGGCGUUGCUCACGUUGGCAAAAGGGCGGUACCUCAUGCCCAGGGUUUGCCCUAAGUCCUCAUUUACAGAGCUCCUGUGAGUGCCUGCCAGGUGCCAGGCCAGGUGCCUCACAUCAGAGGGCUGUGUUUGAAAAAUCCUUGCUGCUUUAACCCUCUAGGGUAUUUGACCAUUACAUUUUAGCAUCUUAAUUCUCUCUCCCUAUUUAUUGACUCUGACAAUUACUCAGGUUUGCGAAAAAGGAAAAAAAAAAAAAAAAAAAAAAAAACACAAAAAACCACAGUUUCCUUCUGCCAGCAGAAUGCAGUGCACCAGCUGGUGAGGAAGGGAAACUGUUGGUUUGCUGGGGUGGUUUUUCGUGGCGUUUUGAACUGGUCAUUAACAUAUCCCCUGAGUUUGAGGAUUCCAUUCUGUCUCUUCUCCUUUGCUUUCCAUUUUUAAGGGCACCGCACAUACAUGCACAGGAUCACUGAGUGCCUAGGUUUGGGAGGCUCUGUCUGUGCUAUGCCUUUUGUUAAUGACAGCUGCAGCUCUUUGCAUGACAUCUUCAGGCAUAGAUGUACAGAGCACAUUUGCCAGUAUUGCUUUGCCAGCUGGUAAACUCAGACGGCCCACCCAAAGAUUGAUAAUGUUUUGUGUAUGUGACAUGGAAUUGAGAUGUCUGAGAAAAUCGCUGGUUUCUUGAUUUGGGCUGUAGGUUUCAUCUCUUCAGGUUCUCGUGAUACCACCUUUACUGUGCUUAUUUUUUUAAGAAAAAAAAAAGUGUUUAUCAAACAUUCAACCUAUAAAGAAGCCUUAAUUUGCACAGAGUAUGACUUUCCAAGCUGGCAGGAAGCUUGAUGGGCCCCAAUCUCAUUGUAGCUGGUUGUGGGCUCCCUCAAGGGCAGGAAGGAGGACCUGGCCUAUAUCCUCCGCUGGCUGUCAACUCCUUUCUUGAAAUAUUUCAUGAAUGACUCUUCUCACAUUGCAGAGUUGUACAUAGACAGUGGUAUUCAUAUGGGAAAAGCAAACCACCCUACAGAAUCUCUUGGUUUGUGCCCCGUUUGGCUGGCUUAUUUGAUUUCAACAUGAGUAUAUUUUUUAAAAUUGAUUGUUCUCUUCAUUUUUUUUCCAAUCUAAUGUAAUAUAAAGUAUUCAAUUUCAAUAAAAGAUAAAUUAUUAA